AUGCUCAAGAAGUCCAAGAUUAUAACCUAUAACGGGUUGCUGCAGCUAGGCCAGUCCUAUCCAGCUCCGUCACCGCAGUCUUAUGCGCACCACACCCAGCGGCUCUAUGCCACAGCCCAUGGCGAGUUCUCAGAAAGAGACCUCUCAUGGCCGUCGACGCCCUCAUUUACUCCAUAUGAUAUAUUCGGCAUAUCCCGGGCCGCACCGUACUCGAAACAUCGUUUCUACGAACUAGCCAAGGUCUACCACCCUGAUCGCCCCUGCAACGGCCACCCAUUAUGCAAGGACAUCUCUCCCGAAGUGAGGCUACAACGGUACCGCAUCGUCGUUACAGCCCAUGAAAUCCUCUCAGACCCGGGUAGACGCGCAGCCUAUGAUCGGACGGGGAUGGGUUGGAGCUUUAACCCUGUAGCCACGCACCGGCGCACCCCGACUGGAUCCCCCGACUCUGACCCGAUCUUCUCCAACGCAACCUGGGAGGACUGGGAGCGGUGGUAUAACCGAAACGGACAGAAGCAGGAGACUGUUGUGGACCAUUCGACCUUCGUUACAUUUGUUGUCCUUCUCUUCUUCAUGGGAGCUGCCGUGCAGGCCUCGUGGAUCACUCAGGUCAGCACCGGGUAUGAGGAUCGACUACGGGAUCUCAACGAACAGUCGACGCGGUUUUUGAAUGAGCGCCGCACCAACACGGUUAAUCAGAUGGCGGGCUCUGAUGCGAAGGUGCAGCAUUUCCUGAUUCGGAGGGAUCCGUCGGGGUAUGGGUUGAAGGAGGAAGAGCAGCCUGUCUAUCAUAACGUACUUAAGCAACGAAAUGGCUCUUCGUCUGAAGAGGGUAGCGCCGAGAAGGAUGGCCAACCAAAAAAAAGUGAAGUUGACCAAGCUCGUGGAGGUUGA